AUGAAUUGUAACGAAAAUGAGCCAAAAUCAUGGGUCGACAUUUUAAAGCAAAAAGAAGCAACAAGAAAUAUGCCUCCAAGAAAGCAGUACUAUGAAAAGCCCCAAAUAGUCAAAUAUGAGGAAGCCGGCAUAUUUAAUAGAGAAAAUGAACACAAUGCCGAAUUUGAGAAAUCAUACAUCAAUGUUGACACGUCAUUUUAUGAACCAAGCGAAAUUUUUGUACCACUUCCACCAAGAAAAGAAAAACAAUAUGUUAAACGUGACCAUGGACUAGAUUUGAUAUCCUGGGAUGAAACAAAAUUCGAUGAUGAAAUUAAACCUAAAACAAUAAAGCGUCUAGAUCUUUCGAAAGUUAAUAACGAAUUUGAUAUUAUUAGUCAAAAACCAAAAGUUUCUCCAUUUAAAUUUAAUGUCGCACAAUUAUUGGAACAGAAGAAUACUGCUAAACAGAUUUUAUCUGCACGCCCUAUAAAUCCAAUAACAAAUUCUUUUCCUUCUCAAGAAGCAGAAUCAGUUAGGAUUGAAAAUGAAGAAACAAUGAGAAAAUUGAGUAUUGAGCGUAAAAUUAGUAAACUUCCACUUACUGAAAGAAGAAAUAGAGGAAAUUUAGUAAAUAUUAUUACCUGCGAAGCCAAGGAUGAGGAUUUAGCAGACAAAAUGUACCAAAGUACAUCUCCUAGAACACACGGAAUUUCUGGUGCUUAUGUUGAAAUGGAAAUGCAAAAAAGAAGAGAAAAUGAACGAUUAGUUGAAAUGCUACGCUUUGAAAAGAAACGAAAUUCACCUGCUGUUCUUAAACACGUUCGUGAUUGGAACCCUAUUUUAGGAAAUGAACCGCAAAAGAGAGAUAACGAAGUUAUUCAAUCUCUUCCAUCAGUUCGAAAAUGGAUUAGAGCUUAA